AUGGCCUCCGAACCGACCGAGGAAGCUAUCGCCAGCUUUGUCAGCUUCACAAGCACGACACGCGAACAAGCCAUCGCCUUCUUGAAGGGAAAUAAUCUCGACUCACAGAAAGCAAUCAACGCUUACUUUGAAGAUCCGACAGGGUCUCAGCUCAAGGCAAGUUUAGCGAUGCGCACCAACCCGUGGCUAUACUCUGACAUAUCAAAGCCGAUAACUAGUUACUGGAAUGACAAUAGAGGCUCCUCAUGGGAUUUUGCCCAACAAGACAAUGCGCCACCAAUGCCAGCGACAGCACCGCCCUCUCGUCCUCCUUCACGAACAGACAUACGCGACCCGGAAAAAAACACUGGAAAUCAAGAUUCUGCCGCAAUCGCUCCGAAAGAAGGCUCCGGACAAGGUCUCAGUCUGGCCGAACGCGAAGAAAAGGAAUUACAGCAGGCAGUUGCUAUGUCACUGAAUUCGGACAUAGGACAGCAGGAGACCGGGGUGACGUCAAAUAAACAGCCGCAGUUCAACAGAGCAACCCGUGAUCACUACGAAGAAGGCGCUUGGGCGAUGACCCUAUUCAACACAUCCUCCGAAGAAGUCAUGAUCAGUCCGGACCCAGAAGAUCGCAAAAGAGUAGAGGGCGAGCCUGCGUUCAUCCGCCCUAAUCCAGACGGCAUUUAUCUAGGAGGACUCUUGACAAUUCUCCACAGUAUUCCCCUCGCGCGGGAGGCAUUGCUAUUGCGGAACAAACCUCUGUUUGACUAUGGCCAUGAGCCGCAAUGGUGGAACGGGCAGCCGAUCAACCUGCCAAAGAUCGUCACAGUGAAUGAUGGCAAGACUGGGGAUAGCGACUGGGAUGAUAUCAUUCAUGAGACCCAGCGGCUAAUGGCUUUCAUGGAUACCACGAAACGAGCUUUUGGCAGCAGUGAUAGCUUAGCAAAGCUCAAAAGCAUGUCAUCCCUCUCUGCAGACUCGGAGGAGAGUGUCACCAGGUUUUUGGAAGCAUGGCAUGGAGCAGCUAUCCAGGCAGAUCCUGAAAAUCCACUGGCGACCAUAUUCACAUCACAUGCAUACAGGAAAGAGCCUUUCGACGAGUUUGGAGAGCCCGAUAGUAGGGAACUCUUCACUUUUGAGCCUCCUGUUGAGCAAGACCAUGGACAAACGCUCUACGAGGUUUUAGAUUCAGCUUUGUGGUCUGACAGGCCAGGGAAGGAGCUUGACGACGCAUGGCUGGAACAUUUAGCAGAGGUGCUAGUCAUAAGACUCGAUUCACGUCAAAAACCAAACCCGGUCGGUGUGGAUAUCCAUUCUGUGUUCUAUCCAGAUCGAUAUCUUAGCAGCUGCCGAGAUCUUGCUCGAGAGUUUCGAGCAAAACGACAGCAAAUCCAGGGGGACGUCUUGAAACUCGAACGACUCAUACAUCGCUACACCAGUCCACGGGCACCCGUUGGCAGUUCGACUAUCACGGAACUCCUUGAACAAGCUGCUCAAGCGGUGCCAUUGGUUGCGUCGGAGCAAGUGCACGAGUCUGACCAGUCUAGCUCCGGGACCGCAGGUCUGGAAACGAAACAAGCCGCAGAGGAAUUGAGAGCUAUUGCCACGAAAAUAGAAGCCAAGCUUAAAGAAUUGGAACUUAGAAAAGAGAGUGCUAUGGAGUCUCUGCGUGAGAUAUCAAAGACACUUACCGAACCUCCCAAAUCACCUUCGGAGCCCCCUGCCCACAAGUAUACGCUACGAGGCGUAUGCACUCAACCGCAUGUGACUUACGUUUUAUCAAAUCCCACAACGACUGCCCCAGGACACUUAAUGGAUAUGGAUUCGGACACGGACAAAAGCAGCGACUACCAGUGGUGGCGUAUCAGCUUCUCGGCGGAGGAUGGAAAGACCCGACAAGCCGAGAAACGGAAAGCCCAAGGUAACACCACAGCCCCACAGAAUGGCGAUGCUGUGGGCUAUACCGUUCGGAAAGUUCAGGAGAUCGAAGUCCUCCGAGCUGCUUGUGAAGAAUGGAGUUCGGUCUUGCUCAUUUAUGCGAGUGAGAAUGCAGUGAAUGCUCGAGUGGAUCCUGCGCCAUCUCAGCUUCAGGGCUUUGUGGGCAGAGACAACGAUGCCUUUGGGGGCGAAUUCGAGAAUACCCCUACCAUAAUCUUUAGUGACCAGGAAGAUUCCUGGGCGGAGUCGAACAACGCGGAAACUCACCACAAAGAACAACAACCUGAAAUGACUCAGACGGCCACACAGGUGAACGUCUUCGACUAUGAGGUCUCCGGGUUUGACGAUGAGCCAAAACCCAGCCAAGAGAUGCAAGAGAAGGGUGGCGCGAGUCUCCUGGGUCGUCGUGCUACUGCAACCAAUUUCACGGUGCCUACUGCCUCGCGGGUUGAUCCAGAGUGGAAUUUUGCAGAUGAUGAGGGCCCGAUACAUCAUCUGGAGCACUCGAAGUAG